CACCGACAGGAAACCUCUUGCUCCUUCAACAACUGCGAUCCAACGCUUCGAACUCCUUGUUCGAGGAGACGCGAGGCCGCCCUGGCAACCGAGCCGCCAAACCGUUCCCUCAGCCGUCGGCACUGGUCGGAAACCGUUAAUAACCGCAGCCCUUUGUUGUGUUUGUAGCGAGCCCCUUUUGCCUCACCCAGUUUUACUCAUCCCCGCUGCACACCCUUUACCAUGGCGGCGAGUGCGAAGCGAAAACAAGAGGAGAAACACCUGAAGAUGCUGAGAGAAAUGACGAGUUUGCCUCCCAACAGAAAGUGCUUUGACUGCGACCAGCGCGGCCCGACCUAUGCGAACAUGACCGUGGGCUCCUUCGUGUGCACCUCCUGCUCUGGCAUCCUACGAGGACUUAAUCCGCCCCACAGAGUCAAGUCUAUAUCCAUGACAACUUUCACGCAACAGGAAAUAGAGUUCCUGCAGAAACAUGGCAAUGAGGUAUGUAAACAGAUCUGGCUUGGUCUUUAUGAUGACAGAACCUCAUCAGUACCAGACUUCAGAGAACCACAGAAAGUCAAGGAAUUUCUUCAAGACAAAUAUGAGAAAAAGCGAUGGUAUGUGCCACCUGAGCAAGCCAAAGUAGUGGCGUCAGUCCAUGCUUCCAUAUCUGGCUCCUCAAACAGUAGCACCAGCAGCACCCCAGAGGUUAGACCACUGAAGUCCCUGCUGGGAGAGUCGGCCCCUUCCCUAUACCUCAACAAGAACACCCCACCAAACCAGUCUCCUGUGGUGAGCCGUGGACAGCAUCAGCAUCAGAUCCAUGACAAGAAGUUUGACCUACUCAGUGACUUGGGUGGAGACAUCUUUGCUGCUCCGUCCAGUGUCAAUGCAGGCGCCAGCUCCGGUUUUGCUAAUUUUGCACAUUUCAACAGCCACUCAACUGCACAGAAUACCAACACAAAUGCAGACUUUGCUAAUUUUGAUGCAUUUGGAAGCACUUCUGGGUCGACAAGUGGUUUUCCUUCCGCACCCCAAGCAACAUUUCAACCAAAUACAGCGUUCACUGUGCUCUCAUCCAGCCGCAGUAUGGGUGAGUUUGCCACUGCUCUCCAUCUCCAGGGUGCACACAGUAGCGCCUCAGGGGGACUAGCAAAUCCCAAUUUUGCAAAUUUUGACAACUUCCCGAAAUCGUGUAGUGCUGACUUUGGAUCCUUCAGUUCCUCCUCCCAGAGUAACACCACAGGGGCUGGCAAAGAUGGUGUACAGAGUACUAGCAUCCCUGCUGAUAGAUACGCAGCUCUGGCUCACCUGGAUAACAUGUUUAGCUCUGCCAAUUCAGAGCCAGGAGGUGGUAUUCCCGGUGCAGUGAGUUCAGCAGGAGCAGGUAGCUUGCCUCCGAGGCAGCCUGCAGUGCCGGCGGGAGGGGACCGCUAUGCCGCUCUAGCUGAGCUCGAUACGGUCUUCAGUUCCUCAGCCCCUGCCACAAGUGUUUACAACACUACCAGCACCUCCAAAGGUGCUGUGUUUGGAUCAGAGACCAGGGUGUCAACAGCCCAGCAGCCCCUGCCUGGGAUGGCUCAAGGUUUUGGAGCACAAUCAACAAACCCAUUUGUAGCUGGAGUGGCUCCAGCAGCAGCGGCAGCAGCACCUCCAUCAAACCCAUUCCAGAGCAACAGCAGAACAGCAAAUGUGGCAGCAGCAGCAGCAGCAGCAGCAGGGAUGAUGAGGGUUCUUCAUACCCAGGGCUAUUAUCCCACCUUUGGCUCAAUGAGUAUGCCAGCUGGAUUCGGGAAUGCUGCAGCCUACAACCUUCCCACAAGCUUUAGCGGGACCUUCCAGCAACCCUUUCCAGGGCAGGCCCCUUACCCUCAGCCUCCUGUGUAUCCCCAGCAGGCCAAUGGCGGCGGGUUUCCAGCGUUUGGACAAGCUAAGCCCGUUGUGAGUGCUUUUGGACAGACAAUGGCUGGACCCAUGGUCUCAAGCAAUCCUUUCCUGGGUGCAGGUCCAUCUGCACAGUACCCAGCAGGAGGCUCUUCAACAAAUCCCUUUUUAUAGCGAUCCAUCCAAUCACCCGCACUACAGGGUCAACAACUGGCACGCUUGCACUAUUGCACUGUUUUGUUUCACAAGUAGCUUUAAAAACACAAUGUUUGUAAAGAUUUGUAUUUUCUAUCGCAGUUUGUCACAAAAGGAACAAUAUGACAGACAGUUGUGUUGACACUGUCUAUGGCUACAAAACAAAGUGGUGGUGUGUGCAGGGGAAGCGAUGAUGCCCUUCUCCACUUAACCUGUGAAAUGGCCUGGCCUCUACUGAGCCGCAAUGUAUAAUCAAACUGUCGGAAAACUAAGUUAUUGCAUAUAUAGUAUAUUCAAUUCAUUAUGCUGCAGAUUCUGUACAUAUUAUUUUUCUUGUAGGAAAUUGGCUCCUUGUGCAUAUCAGUAUUUGUAUCCAACACACAAUUUGCUAAAACAGGACAGAACAGAACUGCUGUUGAAAAGCUAAUGGGUCCUGCCAGUUACUGUAUUUGUGCUUCAAGUUCUUCUUUUUGUUUAGGUAAACACUUUCCACUAAAAGAGAAAAGGAAUGUAUAUUCUGUUAAAAAGAAGAGUGAAUGCUGGGACAUUUUUCUUUGCCAUCCCCUGUCCUGCUGAAAAAAGCCCAGGUCAAUACUUGGAUGAUGAACUGAAAACCACAUACAUUGGCUACAAUGGAGAAUUUUAAGUUAAUGUAUAUAUCUAUAUACAGUGUAUAUAUCUAUAUUAAAAUGAAUUUUAAUUAAGAAGA